CCGCUUUUCAACGAAGAAAUGACACUGACAAAAGAACUCCCAUCACCCUCUCCACCACCGUCAAGAAACAAACGCUCUUUAAUAUAUAUUUUCUUGAGUACAUUCUGUAUGAUCGGGGUUCAGUUCAUAUGGUCAAUCGAAAUAGCGUAAUUUCUAGACGAUUAGCUUCCCUUUAUUACUCUUAUUGAUAAUGGGAUUUGAUCACAACACGGUCUCCAUAGAUACGGUGUUCCAUACAUGAUAUCAUUAGGACUACCAAAAGAACUCACGGCAUUAGUAUGGAUGCUGGGUCCGAUAACAGGCUUGAUUGCGCAGCCGAUCAUUGGCGCUCUUAGCGAUCAGAGUACUUUCAAAUGGGGACGCCGAAGACCUUUUAUUUUAAUAGCCUCUUUAUUUUGCUGUCUUGCCCUAAUGGGUGUCGCUUAUACCAAUGAAAUCGCUGCAAGCUUGGUACCAAACGAUUCGCGCAUGCGUCAGCGAGUUGCUAUCGGCACGGCGGUCGCCUCCUUUUAUAUGCUGGAUUUUUCGACGGGAACGGUGCAAUCGCUCUGUCGCGCUCUGGUGGUUGAUGUAUUUCCGCUUUCUCAGCAAGAGACAGCCAAUGUGUUUUCAACGAAUUUGAGCAAUAUUACCACCAUUUUUGGCUACUUUACGGGAUACAUUGAUUUGGUCCAGUUUUUUCCCUCCAUCGCCGACUCUCAGAUGAAAGUGUUUUGUAUUAUGGGGACCUUCAUCUUCGCAUCGGCUGUUGCUGUCACAUGUAUUUGUGUGCGUGAACAACCCUUGUCGCUCGAAAAGGAAGCGGAAAAAAAGACAAAGAAGCAGACCUUGGCCUAUAUUUACCAUUCGAUUCGACGGCUACCCAACUCAAUUCAGGUGCUAUGCAAUGUACAGCUAUUUGCUUAUUUGGCUUGGUUUCCGAUCCUUUUCUACAGUACGACUUGGGUGUCUGAUGUGUACUUUCAAUCACAUGCGUACACUCGCGAUAAUUGGACUGAGGGCACCCGAGCCGGUGCAUUUGCUAUGCUACUGUAUGCUAGCACAUCGGUGGUGGCCGGGCUGGUUCUGCCGUAUCUGACUGUAAAUCGAGUGGUGACACUGAAGCGAACCUUGACAGCCUCACUUGUUCUCCUGGGUUGUACUAUGCAUGCUACUUUUUAUAUUGAUACAGUUACUGGGACCACUGUUGUGAUCGCCAUUUUUGGUAUACCCUGGGCAUGUACACUGUGGAUCCCGUUCGCUUUAGUAGGUGAAUACAUGUUAAUGGAACAGGCGACUACCGUGCCAGAUACACAUGCCAUGUAUGGUGCGACUGAACCUUCCUCCCGGCGUUCAUCCACCGAAACUGAAGCAUCCGACCACUUUAUUGACAUGUCAACCGAAGAGCGCCCGCCUCCAGAAUCGGGAUUUAUCUUGGGCAUCGUUAAUAUGUAUAUCAUUCUUCCCCAGUUCCUCGUCGCCAUUAUUGCGGCCAUCCUUUUCUGUGUCGUUCCACUCAUCUCAUCCUCCACCAAAACCCGCCUUCCUGAUCCAAUCAACAGCGAUCAGCCGCCUACCGAAGCCUCGGCAGUGAUCUGGAUCCUGCAAUUUGGAGCCAUCAUGGCAUUCGUGGCCAGCUAUCUGUGUACACGUUUAAUUGAUGUUAAAUACAAAGCUUGAUUUGGCUCAUUCUCCAACCGUCUCCUCCUUCCGAGCCCCACAUUUUCAUCAUCAACUUGAACAGUAUAAUAAUAUAAAAGGUAUUAUUCCCGAAAAAGUAAAGAAAAGAAAAAGACAACAAUAAAAAUAAAGAACAAAAGAUACAAAAAGAUACAAGGCAUAUGGAGAAACUGCAAAGAAUAC